AUGCGCGGAGAAAAUGGUUCCGAGUCCCGAUCGAAUUCCGAUCUCGCGUCCCUGUCAAGAUCGUCAUCAUUCAGCUUCUCACCCGCGGACGCUUGCCCUUCUCCGACCCAGCGUGUCUUCCCCAGCCAGAUCCAUCUUGUUUUCGGUGAGGGAAAGGCUAGGUAG